GAUACCGAGAGCGAGAGCAAGUGCCAGUUAUCACUCCACCAUGAAAUCACCACCCAAGUAUGUUGAUUCUCAUGAUAAAAGCAUAGCUCUCUGCAUUUUCCCAGUCCUUCCAGACUGACGACGUGGAACUAUUACCAAGGAUGAUAUGACUUGUUAUCGUUUUACAGCAUCAAUUCUGAAUGUCGAACCUUGUCACAAGCUCUUGUUCUCGCUUGCUUCUUUUCCCCUUUUCAUCCUCGGCCCCACUUUCGCUCUCCCCACUUAGACUAGCGCAUCCCCGUAUUUUCAGGGCCCGAUAUUUUCAGCCUCGGCGAACCCUCAACAGCUUCCACUCCCACCGACAGAGCUCCCAACCACAACUUCCCAUUGGCAAUUCCAACUACCGGUGGGCUAGUUUGUCGAACAGAGUAAAUAUGGCUCCCAUCGCCCUCCAACUCUAAUCUACAGCUUUUGAUCUUUUCCGUGAUUCACACUGACGAGGCUGUCUGUGCUUCAGCUUGGACUCUUUGC